AUGAUUGGAAAUAUAGAAACCCGGGACAUCUCGCUCAAAUUCCUCGAAAUUUCAACGCGAACGACCGAACCAUCCCCAAAGCCCCUAACCGAAGACACAAAUGCCCAAGAACAAACACCAAACACAAUGGCCGGCCGCGCUGCUCCCCCACCCAAGAGCCUCUUGGGCAGGCACCGCCUCCUUGCCCCAACGGCGUCUGUCCGUGUUAGCCCAAUCUCCCUAGGCGGCAUGAGUGGCCAGAGCGAAGUCUGGAUUGGUGAAUGGCUUCAAAAAUCUGGCCACCGCGAUGAGAUGGUCAUUGCUAUCAAAUAUACCUUGAGCCCAAUGGCUGGUAAGCCAGUGCAACUGAGCAAUUAUGGUGGAACUGGCACCAAGAGCAUGAAUAUCGCACUUGAGAUGAGUCUCAAGAAUCUCCAGACCAGCUACAUUGAUAUUUACUACGUCCAUGCUUGGGACUAUGCAACUCAGAUCCCAGAGUUAUUGCAAUCCCUUAACAACCUGGUCCGUCAGGGUAAAGUGUUAUACCUAGGUAUUAGUGACACCCCUGCCUGGGUGGUAUCGAAGGCCAAUGCCUACGCUCGCGAAAAUGGCCUACGGCCAUUCUCUGUUUACCAGGGUCGCUACUCUGCGUUGGUGCGCGAUUUGGAGCGUGAUAUUAUUCCCAUGUGCCGCGACGAAGGCAUGGCUAUACACCCUUGGGGUGUGCUUGGUAGCGGAUAUAUCAGAUCACCCGAUGCCCCUCCAAAGUUUGGAGGCCGCCAAACCCCCCACGUCAUGACUGGCCGUGAAGAAAAAGUAUCCGCUGUCUUAGACGUUAUUGCAAAGCGCCAUAACGCUCCUAUUACUGCUGUUGCCCUCUCAUAUGCUAUGCAGAAGGCGCCAUAUAUUUUCCCAAUGGUUGGAGGCAACAAUGUCGAGAAUCUCAAGGCAAAUGUCGAGGCCCUAGCUCUAGAGCUUACCCCUGAAGAUAUUGCAGAGAUUAACAAGGCCUACGAGUUUGACCUUGGCUUUCCUCAUAAUUUCCUUAAUGGGGCUGGAUUUAUGGGUGAAGGGCCUCAGCAUGUUAGCUUCCUCAAUGGCCUUGGCCAUUUUGACUAUGUAGCAGGUCCCAAGGCGGUCAAGCCCCACCAAGGAGAGCUUAACACUGCUUUAGUAUGA